AUGCCAUCAUCCCUUCCACCUCUCCUACUCAUUCGGCGGCUGUUACAACAAUUAUUUUUCGCCGUGUUGUUCGUAUUGAGAGGCAUAGCUGUUGCUACAAUCUGGCUAGGAGUAUUGCCAUGGGUGACAGUGUGGACGUGGAGAAUGUACUUUUCAAUGGGGGAAUCCGCCGCCUGGUGGAUAAGUGACCGCCCAAGACCUCCGAGUACAGAACCAACAGCAACAUUUUUCAAUAGAAUACGCUACGAAGUCCCUGUACCGCCAUCCAAGAGCAUCUAUACCAAGGUUUCUUCACAUCCGGUAUGGAUAGCGCUCUCGGCAGACAUAUUCACCGGCCAGAUUAUUGCAUCGCUCAUUGUCCUCAUCUUCGUCGCCGUCUUCCUCCUCCGCGAAUGGAUAUCGCAGAAUGCUCGUCCGGGCGUAUUCGAAGAGGAAGAGCUCCCCGAGCUGCCCCCCGUCCCUGCGCCUCCUCCACCGCAACCACAACCGCAGCAGCAACCCAGGCUCGUCCGCCAUUUUGCGCCGCUCGACCCCGCCAACCCGAACCUUGAACGUGAAUUGAGGGCCCGCGCCGCUUUCAAUGAGCGCCAGAUCGAGGCUCUACGUGCGAUGGAGGCGAUGCGUCAGAAUCUGGAUCCAAACAUCGCCGUGGACCCCAACAGAUGGCGAACGGACGCCCAAAUAGCUGCGCUUAGGGAUAGGAAGAAAAAAAUGAAAGCCAAAGGCCAAAGGCCACCGCAUACGGUACGCGAUGAAAACCAGGGAGAAACGGACGAGGAAGAUGUACAAUUUGAGUUAGAGCAAGCGAAGAAGAAAAUAUUCAACCGACAUGUUACAGUGGCGCAGGCCUCCCGGCGCAGCUUCCCGCGUCCACCAUCGCCUGAGCUCGAGGUUGCGGAGUUGCAGAAUACACUCGACUUCGUGAUCCCUCUUGAUGGUCCGACUGCGAAGACCGCUUCCAGUGCGGGCCCGUCAACGAGUCCGGUGUCUCCGGAUUUCUUUGCACAAAACCCAUUUUCAUCGUCGUCAAAGUCAGACUCACCGUUCCCUCCUGUCGCCCUCAAGCCUCCCAGCGGUGACAUCCCUUUUUCGUUACGUGGGUGGCAAACGACGAAUACCAACCCGACCCCGUCCCACGAACAACCUGAACCUGUUUUCCCCCCUGUUACUCUUCAGCCUCCUGCUGACGACAUUCCUUUCUCCCUCCGUGGAUGGCAGACAACCUCACAGCCCAUAUCUAAAACGGUAUCACAGCCUCAGCCAGAAGUCCCGCUGCAGGCUGAGCCAGUCCAGCGCAGCGCCAGCACCGGCAGCGCCGCGCUCGCUCGCCCACCUCUGCCUAUGGCACCACUACCCCAGUCCGGACAUAAUUCACCAUUCUUGUUUUCUCCCGGCAAAACAUCUGUCGACUCACCUAGCCAUUCGACCUAUCGCGCUCCAGAGGAGCUACAGAAACCACAACAGCCAGAAGCCGGACCAUCAAAUCCGACCGCAAAUUCCUCGAGGGACUACUUCACUGCCGCCUACCCAUCAUCUCCGGCUGAGGCCACCAACGGUCACGAUGAGGAGGCUGAACGCGAGGAGUGGCUGAACGCACGGGAGGAAGCUAUCAAAAUGAUGGAGGAGGAGGAAAUUGCCAUGGAACAGGAUAGCAAGUACUACUCGGUGAGGCAGCGGCUGAAUCGAAGACGAGCACAUCACCCGCAUCAUCAGCAUUGGCUUGAGAAUGCUAGCGACGACGACGCGGAGGUGGAGAGCAAAGGCAAAGGGAAGAUGAAAGAGAUGGAAAUGAACAUAGGCGCAUCGACGGCGGUUGUCACUGAUGUCGGUAUUGGAGGGGCGAGUACGAGUAGGGAGCCGCAUGGUGCUGCGGCGACGCCGGAGAGUGCGCUGCCAGAUUCAGAUGUUGAUAUGGAAGUGGAGCGGAAUAGGUACUUCCAGGCUGCUGCUGAGGCGAAGGUUGGGGACGGGGGCGAGCCUGGGUUAGUAAGUCCCAGCGAGUCGGACGACACAGAAGAGGAUGACGAGGAUGAUUUCCAUGAAGACGACGAAGUAGACGAUAGGCAUGGAAACGGGCAUAGAAAUCGACGUCCACAUCCUCUCCGACGGCCUCAUCUCGAAGAAGAAGAUGACGAUGAAGAUGACGACGCAGUGUUCUUCCGUGAGCCGAAUGAUGAUGACGGAGUGUCCGACGACGAGGAAGAUCAGGCCCAAUGGAAUAUUGACGAACAGCAACAGGGGCGGCAACAGGCACGAGCAGGUGCACCGGCUGGCGGGGCGGGUGGAGAAAGGGAAAUUGUGCAGUGGGGUGCUCCAGGUGUACCUGGUGGUGCUCCUGUUGCGAACGACGCCGAUGUUGCGGCUGGGCUUGACCUGGAAGAUGCGGACGCUAAUGGUGAAGAUGAAUUGGAAGGUGUAAUGGAAGCUAUUGGAAUGAGAGGUCCCAUCUUUGGUGUCUUCCAGAACGCGGCCUUGAUGAUCUUUGUUCUUGACACUGCUAUUGGCAUUUGUGUUUGGGUACCUUUCACUAUCGGCAAAACAACAGCUCUGCUCACUUUGGACCCCAAACGACUACUGCAAGUUCUGCAUUUACCCAUACGAGCCAUGCGAUACCUCACAGAUCCUUUCGUCGACGUCUUCGUGUUCAUCAUCAUGCGCGUCUUACUUCCUCGCAUUGGCAGCUUACUCGGCAAACUGUUCCAACUUUUCUGGUUCCUCGGUUCGAAUACGAUUGGUAAACUGUUGGGGCAGGGCAUCAGUUCGGGUAUUUCGGAAUUUUCGUUGAGAAUGUACAACCAAUCAGCGGAUAUUAUUAGCAAACCCCUUGCUCAGCUAUCGGCGUGGACAUCUCCUGCAAAUAUAACUACUGAAUCCAUAUCACCGGCAAACUCGACCGACCUCCUGGCCGCACUUCCGGACUAUUUAGGAUUCACGGAACCUUACUUUGAAGUUGUAGGACGCGAAGUGAGGGUUGCGACUACGGAAGUGCAGCAGUCUUGGGUUCGUCUGUCUUUGGGAAAUGGCCCUCUCAGCCGCUUUUUCGCUAUCAGCUUGGGCUAUUGCGUCGUCAGCGUGUUAUUACUGUUUUAUCUGAACGUUUUGACUGUUGGCAACGCGAGAACUGCUGGUGUCGCUGUUCGGAACGCGAUUCGUCAACAGCUGCUUGUGCUCAAGGUCGCAGCCUUUAUUUUCAUCGAGCUCGUCGUGUUCCCAUUGGGUUGUGGUAUCGUGCUGGAUCUGUGCACUGUGUGGUUGUUCCCAGAGGCCAAUCUGCAAUCUCGCAUCGCAUUUUUCUAUUCUGCGCCUUUGACCGCCAUGUUCUAUCACUGGGUUGCAGGGACAAUGUUCAUGUACUCAUUUGCUGUUCUUCUGUCGGGUUGCCGGAGUGUGAUGCGACCGGGAGCGAUGUGGUUUAUUAAAGAUCCUCAGGACCAGAAUUCGCACCCUAUUCGGGAUAUCCUUGACCGCCCUACCCUCACCCAACUUCGCAAAAUAUGCGUCAGUGGCUUGAUGUAUUCGUUUGUGGUGGCGUGUGUCGUCGGCAGCGUUGCGGCGCUAUUGGUUCUGGGCAGUAAAUCAAUCUUGCCAUUCAGAUGGAAAAAUCGGGAACCGCUUUCGAAUGUCCCCAUUGACUUGCUAUUCUUGCACCUUGUCCUGCCGUACACCAUGCACUACUUCCGGCCGAAGAAAACGAUCAAGCAUUUUACAACUAUCGUGUGGAAGUUUAUUGCAACGCGCCUGCGUCUCACUUCCUACUUCUUCGGUGGGAGAUAUCCCGAAGAAGAGUUUACCCCAAAGCACUGGAAGGAGAAUUUCAUCCGGGGAAACAUUCUCGUGGUGAUGGACGACGACCAUGCAGAUGGCACGUUCCGGCGUGUGCCAGCGACUGAUAAUCUCGCGCUGCCGCGGGAUAUGCGUGCGACGGUCGCGGUGGACGCGCGGGGCGAGCCCGUGGACGAGGCCGCGCGCGAGCUGAUGGAGCUGCAGAACGCAGAAGCAGAAAAGGCCAAACGGUCCGUCAAAGACGACUACAUGAUCGUGUACAUGCCCCCGCACUUCCGAUGGCGCAUUAUCGCGUUCAUCGUGGUCUUUUGGAUCUUUGGCGCGGUUGUGCUGGGUGUUGGCGUCGCGGUGCCUGUGCAGCUUGGGCGCAGCUUCUUUAGGCUGUUCACGCCGCGCGAGGUGCAUGACGGGUACUCGUUCAUCAUUGGGUUUUACCUCCUCUGGGUGUGCUAUCUCACGGCCAAGGCGGUGGAUAGACUGGACAAGCGGCGUCAGCGCCGCAGUGCGGAUGGCCCCCGUGCGGAUCUGUACAUUCUCGUGCUCAAGCGCGGGUUACUGUGGAUUGCGAAGACGGCGUAUAUGGUGCUGUUCCUAGGCAUUGUGCUGCCGACGCUGUUGGCGCUUGUGAUUGAUCUGUAUAUUAUCCUGCCUAUCAGGUUGAUGUAUAACCCUAGUAUGGUGCCGCACAUACGUAUCGUGGAUCUUUGGGCGCUUGGUCUGCUUUAUUCGAAGAUUGCGAUGCUCUCACGGCGUAUGCAGCCUAAUCGCAUCACGCGAGGAUUGCAAAUUAUCGCUGCUCAUGGAUGGACACGACCGGACCCUGUACGUGCCACGAAAGACGUGAUUGGCCCAUUGUGUGGUGGAUUCUUGGGCAUGAUCAUACUCCCCGGCGCAGCCUUCCGCGCACUACAAUACCUCUUCCCCAGUAUCACCGUCGACAACCGGUUCAUGUUUAUGCACGUGUACCCGGCCGUAUUCAUAAUCGCAGGCGGCGUGCGCACGGCGAUGUCGAUGUACGGUGUGCUCUCGGCGUGGUCGCAGGCUGUGAGGGAUAAGGAGUUUUUGGUGGAGAUGAGGCUUAGGAACCAUGAGCCGGAGAUGGAGAAUGAGGUUCCGCCUGCGAUGGCACCUGCGUCUGCUACUACAGCGGCUGCGUCUGGUACCGGUGGUGGGGGUGGGGGUGCAGCGCAAGAUGGAGAGGAUGGUCCUCGGCCAGCACAACAGCAGCAGCAGAGGGAGGAGAGGGUGGAGACAGAUGUGCAUUGGGAUGAGUAUCUCGCUGAAAAUGAGAGGAUUAACGCGGAGAGGCGCGCGGCGCUUCUGUGA